CCAGUUGUACGUCUCGGAUCUGAUUCGUGAACUGGUAUAGUCGUAUAAGCAAGCAGUCCGGGUGGGGCUUUCGAUGCACCAAAACCCUGCGAAGGAUCGAAUUCUCCGUAUCUCAACCGGCCGAGAGUUUCAUCGCCGAACAAGAAGGCUCUGGUAUAGAGUAACGAAGAGCAGGAGUCAUGGCUGGGCGUGAUGAUUCCGGUUCGUCGGAGAAGAAAUCAAGCGAGGCCAUGGACGGUGUCCCGACUUUCAAUGUUGAGAAUAUGCAGAAUAACCUGAAAUCCGUCUAUUACAGCCGGACAUUUAUGUCUAUUAUUGGUGGAGUCAUUGCUGGAAUUUUGGGCUUUACUGGUUUGACUGGAUUUAUUUUUUAUUUCCUCAUCAUGGCAAUUACUUCAGUAGGCCUCAUAGCCAAGGCGGGAUGUUCUAUUCAUUCCUAUUUUGAUUCCUGGACCCAGAUUCUUGUUGAUGGCAUAUUUGGUGGGCUUAUGUCUUUUGUGCUGUUUUGGACAUUUGCUUAUGACAUCGUGCACAUUUUCUGAGUGGAUGCCCGAAGGUUGAAGACGAUGAUGAUGCUGGCAUUCCCAGAUUGGCGAGACGAUCUCGGCAAUGAUUGAACAAACUUCAUCGCAUCCGCAUCAGCCUAGCUCUUCCCCUUUAGUUAAUGCUCUGUCUGGCCAUCUGGAAAAAACAUUUUUAUUAUAUAUUUUUUGCAGUAUUCGGUUAAAUUUUAGAAGUGUUUUUGUAAGACAGUGAAUCAAAUGUUACUCUUUAAUUAUUUUUUCUUGGGUAGAAAUUUGGAAUUUUUCCUGUAUUUCCAGGCAGGAUGGUCGUUGAUAGAUGGGUUGUCGCCACCUCCUAUUUUCGUCGUAUUACACGAAGUAGUACUUUAUAUUUUA